GAGUAAUCUGGAGCAGCAGCUAGAAUAAUCUUGUUAGUAGAUGACCUCAGUAAUACUAUGUUUAGACGUAUAUAUACUUACCAGUAGUAGCAGAUGACAUAAUUGAUAUGAAUUGGUAGUAAUUGCUAUAGUAUUCAAGAUGUCCAAUUAUUGUUGAAAAAUCUCCUAAAAAUUUCAUCGCAUCAAAAAAUUUGGGGAACAAAAAUUAAAAACUGCGAAUUUACGACAACCAGUCCUUUAAAGACACUAAACUAAACUAAAAAGAACACCAGUUCAAUUGUGUCAAAAGUUAUCAAAUGGGUCAAUGGCCAACUAUAUAGUAUGUUUAGCUCAUUUCUGUGAGUUGCAUGGUCCAUCCACUAUCAUCUGUACUCAGGUUGUUAAACCUUCGAUUCAAGAUAAACAUAUACUAGCACCUAAUUCAAAAGUACAAACAUGCGCUUCUUGUGAGUUGUAUAUACCUGAUGGUUCAGCAAACAUCAUAACGAAGGAUUCCUUACAUAGUAGCAAUAAAGGGAAUGGUCCACAAAUGGUAUUCAUAUCAAAUCAUUAUCCCUCAUCCCAAGAUCGAUAUACUGCAUUAACGAAAUUAGUAAUGAAAUCAUUAUCAGUCGAAACUUCAUCAGAUAUUUCAAAGCCAAUGUUUUUUGGUGAUGCUAUAAAUGGAUACUGUAUCAAUAAGAUCUUCACUAUAAAGGAUAUAAACGCUAGAGGUUCAGAAAGAAAGUAUGCGUUGAUAGUGAUAUCGGAUUCCGAAACUGAUAUUUUAUCGAACUGGGAUAUUGUUGGUCUUUACUUUAAUGAAGUAAUUAAUCUUAUUCAAGAAAGAGUCACCAAGACUAUGGAAGAGAUUUCUGCCCAAAAGAUUUCAGGAAAUGGAAAUACUGUUACGGGAUUACUUGAUAAUGAAAAAUAUCUUAGACGUUCAAUGAUAAAACCUAAAUCAUUAAAAGAAUUGACUGAUGAUGAUCAUAUAUUUGUGAAAUUUCAUCUAUGGGCCAUCGAGCUUUUAAAAGAUAUAUUACGAUAGAUUUAAACCUGGGGGUUUAUAAUGAUAAUUAAUUAA